AGUUUGUUGGAAAUGUGCCAUUGUGUGGUCUCCCUGAGAGUCAAUGGUGUGAAACAGCUACUGGAAGCUAUUAACUCUUCUUUAGUAAUCUGACACUGAGGCCUUUGAAACAUUCAUGAGCAGGAAGGCUGGGAGCACAGAGCACACUGUGCUGCCAUACCAGGUGCAAGCAGAGCUAUGGGGACGGUUGAGGAAAGUUGGAAGUGUCCUGUCUGCCAGGAUUUCUUCACAGAUCCAGUGACGCUCCCAUGUGGACAUGACUUCUGUCUCACCUGUAUCCAGGCUGUCUGGGAAACAGAUGGGCCUAAUGAAGGUCCUUUCUUUUGUCCAGAGUGUCAGAUAUUCCUCCCCUCUGACCUCACUCUGGAGAUAAACACCAGGCUUCAGACCAAAGUAAAGGACUUCACCACUAACAGGCCACCAACAGCACAGCUACAGACAACAGCUCCAAGCAGGGCAACCAAAUCAUCUUCAACCAUCCACUGUGACCACUGCAUAGAGACGCCAGCAGUGGCCAUAAAGACCUGUCUGACCUGUGAUGCCUCACUGUGCCAGGCUCAUGCCCUGCUGCACGAGCAGAGGUCUGCUCUGAGGGAGCACACAGUUGUGGAGGUGACAGGAGAUCCGCUGUCUCUGAAGUGCAGGGAGCAUCGUGAUGAGCUCAAGCUCUUCUGUAUGGAGGAAAGGGUCCCUGUGUGUUGUUUGUGUGUCCUGGUUGGCAUGCACAAGAACCACAAAGCAUCUCAACUCCAUGAUGCCUGCGUACACUUCAAGGGCAUGUUAGAGACCACUAUGAACCAACUGCUGAAGAGGAGAAGCGAAGCAGAACUUGCCAUCAAGGACUUGGAGUCACUGUAUACGCAAACAGUGAAGUCUGCUGCAGAUUUCAGAGAGAGAAUCUCAGACAAGUACAGCAGAAUCCGCGUCGUGCUGGAUGGUGAUGAGCGCCUGAUGAUGCAGAUUAUAGAUGAAGAGGAGACAUACAUGACAGAGUGGCUAGAAGCCCAGAGGGGCAUCAUGGAGGCCCAGAUCAAACAGAUAGAUAGCCUCAGAGCCUCCAGCAAAUCACUCCUACAGGACACAAAUGAUCUGAGAUUCCUGCAGCAAAUCACAGCACAGAAUCUUUGUGAACCUUUGGAUUUAGCACCUAUCCAGGAAGUAGACAGGGUUCUGUGUGAUCCUGAGAAACUGAGAACCGUAGAAAAGCUGGUGGACGAGCUUUCGGUGGCUCUGUCCCAACACUUUCCACGAAUGUGGUCAUAUCUAAGUUCUCCUGCUCUGGACUCCAAGACAGCCCAUCCGAAACUGGAAAUAUCCCAAGACAGGAAGCAAGUGUACUGGAGAAGAGAACCUGUCAGCGAGGAUCUGAGCCCUCAACCAUAUGACUCCCAGUGCAGUGUCCUGGCUCAGGAGAGUUUUACUACUGGCCAGCACUACUGGGAGGUCAUUGUCCAGGAGAAACCCUACUGGCUGAUAGGUAUGACCACUGGACCAGCUGAUAAAAAAGAUGGAUCAAGUCAGAGUUCCUCCAGCCUGGGUGUGACCAACACAUCCUGGUGCAUCUACCAUGGAGAUGGGCAGUACCUGGCAUGUCAUGAUACCCAGGAGAAGCAACUGUCAGUGGGAAAGAGAGUCAGAAAGCUGGGUAUACUGACCAAUCUCCAGAAGGGGGAGCUGUCAUUCUACGAUGCUGAUGCUAUCACCCUGCUUCACUCUUUCUGUGUGCAGUGCACAGAGCCUCUGUACCCCAUGCUAAACCCAUGCAUUGAUGUGAAGGGACUGAACAGGCAGCCUCUUACCUUGUUUUGCAUUAAGGAUCCCUAGGAGUGGCAUGUAAACAGAGAUGGAGAUAUAGAGUGAUCUUGGAGGACAACCUUAAAUGAUACACUGAUCAAACUCUAUAUUUUAUUUCCAUUUUUGGUUAGAUUAAAUCAAACGAUGGAAAUAUCAUACAUGCUUAAAAUCAUGUGUUUGUGUAAAAAAUUAAGCUGUUAAGUAAUAAAAUUAUAGCUGAAGAGUUUUGGUGUUUUAGUCUUCUCUAUAGUCAUAUAGUCAUCCCUAUAAUAACUUUCCAUUGUUUGCAGUUGUCAUGUAACAGUAAAUAUUUUAUCAAGUGGUAUCAGGUGCAUCGCCAAACAGCACUUUUGUUCUGCAGUAAAGUCUAGCUUCUCGUUCAGCGGCUUAGCAGUUCUCAUGUUCGACCUGAUGUAGCCUAGUUCAGGAAGAAAAUGACCCCUGGGUAAACUACUGGCUUGAUCUUUGUACAAUUGUCCCCUCAAGAACAUGUAAGCCUUCAUUCUCACAUGUCAGUGGCCUUACAGAGCUGCUGCCCUGCAGCAAACAAUAGUCAGUGAGGCCAAAUAACAUGAACACUGUAUGUGUAUAGAGGACAUAAGACUUAGAUCUCUUUUUAUUAUUAUUAAUCUUACAGUAUGGUUUUCUCUUUGUACAUUAAUGUUUUAAAACUUUUUGAAAAGAGUAAAAUGAAAACUCUUAUCCACCAAUUUGCUUCUUUUCACUAAGUUCUUUGACUCACUGUUUAUUUUGGGGCUCAUCCACAGAACUUUGCAUUACAUAAUAAGCUUUUAAACAGUGGUGAUGAAAUGUAACCUUGUUUUGAUCUUGUUCAUGAAAACUAGAAUGACACAGGAACCCAUUAUCAUACAUUUUAUCUGCAUUUCUGAUUUUUAGGAUAUUCCAGCACUAUGAGUCUAAUUUUGAUCAGGGGUGUACCUAAUAGUUCUGCCACCCUUGGGCCUGGUGAAGACAUACAGUAAAGACAUGAAGGCACAGAACAGCAAGAAUAUCCCGUCAGAACACUGAUGCAUCUGACCCCAUUUCAACAAGGAAUGAUGAAUUGAGAGACCACUGAUUAAUAUACCGUCUGAUAAA